AUGUUUAUAGGAACAGGCACUCUCUGGGGAGGGGUAAAAAACUGGAGAAAAAGACAAUAUCCCCCACCUCCACCACACAAAGCACACAUCAUAAGACAAUAUCCUCAUCCUCCACCACAAAAAGCACACAUCACAAGACAAUAUCCUCAUCCUCCACCACACAAAGCACACAUCACAAGACAAUACCCUCCACCUCCACCACACAAAGCACACAUCACAAGACAAUAUCCUCCACCUCCACCACACCAAGCACACAUCACAAGACAAUAUCCUCAUCCUCCACCACACAAAGCACACAUCACAAGACAAUAUCCUCAUCCUCCACCACACAAAGCACACAUCACAAGACAAUAUCCUCCACCUCCACCACACAAAGCACACAUCACAAGACAAUAUCCUCCACCUCCACCACACCAAGCACACAUCACAAGACAAUAUCCUCCACCUCCACCACACCAAGCACACAUCACAAGACAAUAUCCUCCACCUCCACCACACCAAGCACACAUCACAAGACAAUAUCCUCAUCCUCCACCACACCAAGCACACAUCACAAGACAAUAUCCUCAUCCUCCACCACACCAAGCACACAUCACAAGACAAUAUCCUCAUCCUCCACCACACAAAGCACACAUCACAAGACAAUAUCCUCAUCCUCCACCACACCAAGCACACAUCACAAGACAAUAUCCUCAUCCUCCACCACACCAAGCACACAUCACAAGACAAUAUCCUCAUCCUCCACCACACAAAGCACACAUCACAAGACAAUACCCUCCACCUCCACCACACCAAGUACACAUCACAAGACAAUAUCCUCAUCCUUCAUCACACAAAGCACACAUCACAAGACAAUAUCCUCCACCUCCACCACACAAAGCAUACAUCACAAGACAAUACCCUCCACCUCCACCACACAAAGCAUACAUCACAAGACAAGGCAAAUCUUAUUGCUAA